AUGGAAGCGCUGUCACCGCAGCAGGAAGCUCUGCUGGAGGAGCUGGCCUACUUGGAAGAGGAGGUCUCGCCCCAGCCCCGCUUGGACGAGCUCAGCACCCUUGAGGCCCUGCAGAAGCAACGCGCUGCUGGCCAGGCCGCCUACCAGCGCCGCCUGCAGGAAAGCAAAGCUUCGCGCCUCCGCUGGAUGCAGCAGCUGCAGCUGGGCAUCUGCUCCUCGCGGCAGCAGCAGCUGCAGCUCCUUCAGGCCCUCGACACCUUGGAGGCCGAGCAUCGGGAUCUAGAGCGGAAGUCGGCGUGGCUGCGGUCGCAGUGUCAGGAGGCCCUAUCGGAGCGAGACCGACUCGAGGCCUACUGCGCGCAGGUGGCAGAGAGGCUGGAUGUGCUGCAAUGCUCCGCUUCCAUCGCGCAGGAGUUGGACCAAGGCUCGGAUCUGCUGUUGCGGCCAGAGCUGGAGCCCUUGCUGCAGCGCCUGGAGGCGGCGGCGGCCUACGUGGAGUCGAGGUACGACUUCAGCGACGCCAAGAGCUGCAGGAGCAACUUCGAUCAUCUCCGCAACCGAGUGUGCAUCCUGGUGCGCAGCACGCUGCAGCACGCGCUCGAGGCGGCGGAGUCGCAGGUCCAGGAGAUCUUGUGGCAGCAGGAGGAGAGCGAGGAGUCUUCCGUGGACACUCAGGUCUUUUACACUGCUUUCCACCUGGCGGCGUCGGCGGUGCGGCCGGCCUUGGAGGUUCUGCAGCGGCAGCGGCACUUGCAUUCCCAAUAUGGCCAGGCCUUGGACAGCGCAGCACAGCAGCUGGCGCAGCUCCGGCUGCGCCUGGACACCGAGGCCCACUGGCAGGCCUUGCAGGCGGUGCGGCCACUGCCGGAGCUGGUGAGGCAGGCCGUGGGCUACCUGCUGGACCGCGCGGGCCGGGAGCUCUGCUGCUUCGAGGCCUUCUUCCCCCGCGGGGACCGCCAGGCCCUGGAUCUCAUCUUGGGACGGCUCUGCGAGCGCUGCCGGCAGGCGCUGCUCGCGGCUCCGGCGGAGGAUUGGCCGCAGCUCGCGGAGGCCGCGGAGGUGCUGCAGGCCUGUCUGCAGGAGUGCCGCAUUGUCACGGUGCGGCUGGCGCUGCAGCAGAUGCUGCGCUCCGUGCUGCUGCCGCGCCUGGAGGAGGCGGCGCGGCGGGAGCUGUCCAAAGUGAGCCUGGAGCUCUCCGAUGCGACACCAGAGAGGCUGCUGGAGGCGCCGACGAAGGCGGCGGAUCAAGCGCUAAAGGUGCUGGCGGCCUGCUAUGGAGUGCUGGAGGCGCCCGCCUUUGAGUCGCUGGCCUCCCACGUGGGUGCCUGGCGGAAGGAGGUGGACCCGGACGACCUGUGCUCGCGGCUGGUGCUGCUGCGCCAGAACUUGGAACUCUGGGAGCAGCUGGCGGCCUUUGAGGACGACGCCGUGGCGGAGGCGCCCUCCUUUGCUGGACUACCUGCCUAUGAGAGGCUCUCGGCGGCCGCGCUGCGGCAGAGCCGCGGCGAGCGGCACGCGCGCUGGCGCCGGAGCCUGCGGGAGGCCUGUGACUCGCUGCUCGAAACCCUUCUGCUGCAGUUGCAGCCAGCAAGUCCGGGCUUCGAAGAGAGGUGUGUCGCCAUGCUGCCGGCCGUUGCCGCUCGCUGCAGGGUUAUCCUGGGCGCCAGCUCUCCUGAGCUCUUCGGGGCUCUGAAGGAGCAGCUCUUGAAAGCCCAGGCUGCUGCCUCGCCGGCCUCGCGUGAAACCUUCGACCGGCGGCUGCAAGGCAUCUUUGAUGAUAUAGCUCAAGGCAGUAUCGUGGAGCUCGUGUCCAAAGCUGACGUGUGCGCCGAGGUCCUGGAGGCCACUGAUGCGAAGGCGGCGAAUCAGGAUUUUUCCAAGGUAUCUUUCUUACCCAAGAAGCUGAUCAAGGAAGCUGCUCAGGUGCGGCAUAUGCGGGACCAGUUCAAGAUGAACGUCUUGGCAGUCGAGUACCCCGGGUAUGGCCUGCUGCACGGCAUCUCACGGUCCUCCGAGGCUGCGCUGAAGGAGGUUGCGCUGACCGCCUUCCGCUUCAUCCUGGACGAGCUGAAAGUCGCGUACGAGCAGGUCAUCCUGUUUGGUCGGUCUGUAGGCUCCGGGCCCACGGUUUACUUGGCAAGCAGGUUCCCCGUGGGCGGCCUCAUCCUGGUCGCCGCCUUCGCCUCGGUCCGCGAGGCGGCCAAGUCUUUGGUGGGUCCCUUUGUGGCGAAUGUUCUGGAGGAGCGCUUCCCAAACAUUGCGCUGAUAGGCAACGUGUCAUGCCCCACCCUCUUCAUCCAUGGCGAGAAGGACAGCCUGGUUCCGCCCUCGCAUUCCGUGGCGCUCUUCAAGCAGUGCCGCGCCCGGAAGUUGCUGAUCACCCCCCCAGGCAUGGAGCACAACACCAACCUCUUCACGGAUGCUCAGUACCUCGCGGUGCCGGCGAUCAACUUCUUUGGCCUCCCAGGAUACCAACAGGAGUCGCCUCCGCAGAUGCCCAGCCGCUUCUUUGAGGACGGGCGCCAGGCGUUUCUUCUCCGCAAAGCUGCGCGCAGGGGUACCACCGUGGACGCUGAGGGCAGCCCCUGGUUCUAUUUUUGCGGCUGCCCCACAUCGCGGGCAAGGCGCGAAGAUGGGGCGGCAGAUCGCCCGCAGUGUGAGUGGGAGCCCAGCGAGCGCACGGCGGUCUCCGAGGAUCAAGCGUCGGCGAGGAAAAGUCUGGACACCGCGACCAGUGCGCCCGAGACCUCCGAGGCUUGGAAGGAGGCCCAGGAGUUUCGGGAGGAGAUCCAGGAGACCUGA